CGUUCUUGGAAAAGCUUGAUCCCCGCAGCGGCCUUUUUCACCUCUAUUACCCCCGCUGAAGAUCCAUGACCGAAGAACCAGAGCCAUCCAGCCAAAUCAGACUUGUGGGAGCCUUGGCCGGGGUCGGAAGUGGUCUCACUAAAGUUGCGGUCGGACAUGGAUUUGACACCAUCAAAACCCGCCUGCAGUGCUCUCCGCCUGGAGUAUACAAGGGUGCUAUUGAUUGUCUGGUAAAGACAGUUCGUAACGAGUCGAUAUUUGCCCUUUACAAAGGAGUGACACCGCCAGCUGUGGGCUGGGCCGCAAUAGACUCCGUUCUUCUGGGCUCCCUCCAUAACUACCGACUUUUUCUUCUACGACACGGAACCACUGAACCUGUGCCAGGCUCCAUCGACGAGCGAAGGCUUACGCUUCUGAGCCAUGGGAUAGCUGGACUUUUCGCUGGACUAACCAGUGCCUUCUUAGCAACCCCUAUGGAAUUGUUGAAGGUCAAGUUGCAAAUGCAGAUGCAUAAUGACCCUAAUCUGCGCCAGUAUAGUGGUCCGGUGGACUGUGCAAGGAAGAUUGUACGGACCCAAGGCGUACUAGGCCUCUGGACAGCUUUGCCCGCCAGUCUCGUAUACAGAAGUAACUUCUUUUGGCUGUUUGGCUCCUUCGAAGCCCUGAUGCGUUCAUUUGCGCACCUCAAAGGAACUCGGUUCGAGAUGUCAACGGGGCAGCAGAACUUCCUUGCUGGGGGUUUAGCGUCGCUCAUUUACUGGACCAUGGCCAUCCCGGCUGACAACGUGAAGAACCGAAUCAUGGCGACCGAACUCCCGCUGCGGCCCCCGUCUUUGCUGAUCACCGUCCACCACGUUUAUGAUGAGGCCGGCGUGCGGGGUUUCUAUCGCGGGAUUGGCACAAGUCUUUUGCGUGCGUUUCCAGCGAACGCCUGCGCCCUGUUUGUCUACGAGGGUUUGAUGCGCACCCUGGGUGCCGAAAAGACCCGGCAGUAGUAUCAGCUUCUCGUGUCGACUCAUCCGAGGCGAGCCUGGCCGAAGGGUGAAACAAGAAGCAUCAGUCGCCGUUGUGCGUACAUAUGGGUCACUGUAUUAGGGAAGUCAUGGUAGCAUACUUUAUCAGCUCGAUGGCCGCAGUCUAUGUACAGGUUCACUACGGCAUGCAACAUGACUCGAAAAG